AUGCAGAAGGGAGACUCCUCUGAUGCCAACUGGCUCCUGCCACACUUCCAUGUUGAGUUCGACAAGGGUUUGGCCACCGGCCUGGCCAAACUGGUGUUUCAAAGCUGGGGACUCGGUCACAGAUUGUGGCGCUGGUGUUGGGCAGGACACAUGCUUCGCGCCGUGCUGCCCAAUCUACAGUAUCGUGGAUAUGGUGGAGCCGGAAAUGCGGAAGAGUUCACCCAAGGUUUCGUGCGCUUCGCCGAUCUUUCUUACCCGAUGGAUAUGGCCGUGUCUGAUUGGGUCAUCUCUCUUGAGGUUGGCGAGCACAUCCCACAUGAAGCUGAGAAGGAGGUCGUUGCCAACCUUCACGCAAGGGGCUGA